AUGACGGGUGAAGAGGUGGUUAUCAGUGGAAUAUCAGGCAUAUUCCCGAAAUCAGAUACGGUUUUAGAACUCAAGGCUAAUCUGUUUAACCAGAUUAACAUGGUUGAAGAAGUAAACUACGAUACCAUAAAACAUCCUAAUUUACCCCAGUAUUUAGGGAAGAUGAACAAUUUGCAUAAAUUCGAUGCUCAGUUCUUCAGGGUAACACACUGGCAGGCCGAUUCUUUAGACCCUUUAUGCAGAAAAGUUAUGGAAUGUGCUUUUAGCGCGAUCUAUGAUUCUGGUACUAAUCCUCUUUCACUAAGUGGCAAUAAAUUAGGCGUUUUCAUUGGUUCGUCUUAUGCCGAUGUAACUCAAUUAAAUACAUAUGACACCUUCAGGAAAAACAUAUUUAUAAUAAGUGGGAGCUCCAAAGCAGUUCUCGCUAAUAGGAUUUCGUAUUGGAUAGACAGUAAAGCCCCAUCGCUUACCAUUGACCAAGGGUGUGCCAGUUCCAUGGCAUGCUUGGAACUAGCAUACGACAGCAUUAAACGUGGUGACUGUGAAGCUGCCCUUGUAGGAGGAUGUAAUGCUUGUGUUCAUCCAGGCUUGUCAUUCAAUUUAAAAAGUGCUGGACAUCUAUGUUUAGAUGGCAAAACAAAAUGUUUUGACAAAAAAGGCGACGGAUAUGUUAGAUCUGAAGCUAUUAGCUUAUUAUUUCUACAGAAAGCCAAAGAUGCUAAAAGAAUUUAUACAGAAAUUGUGCAUAUAAAGGGAAAAUACUUUACUGAACCCGAUGAUUUCUUAGGCAUCCGCAAAUCUGAAAACAUUGAAAAAUUCCUGCAAGAAUUUUAUUCUGAAGUAACUGUAUCUCCAUCAGAAGUGGAAUAUGUGGAAGCUUGUGGGCUAGGUAUCGCUGAAGCAGAUAGAAACGAACUGGAUGCUAUUGGCAGACAUUUUGCAAAAUCUAAUCCUGUAAAAGUAGGAUGUAUUAAAUCCAACAUGGGGCACACCGAAGCUGCUAGUGGAGUUUGUGCUAUAACUAAGGAAAUGAGCAACUAUCAGUCAAAUAUUCCUCGUUUAAUUUUGCUCUCGGGUAGAGAAGACAAUGGUUUGAAUAAAGUAAUGGACAUGUUAAUCAAUCAACCAAUUAAUCCUGAACAAAUUUCGUUACUCCACAACAUCUACAAAACUAACAUCCCUUCACACACGGGACGUAGUUAUCUUCUACUUGAUUCUAACCAGAAAGAGGAAACUGAAUGCUUGGCACAAAGUUUUCAAGUAUAUUCUGGCACAAGCCGACCAGUAUGGUUCUUAUAUAGUGGCAUGGGGUCUCAAUGGUGCGGUAUGGGUGCAGAGUUAUUGAAAAUACCUGUUUUUGCUGCAGCUAUUGAGAGAUGUCGAGUUGUGUUAGAACCAUUGGGCAUAGAUAUUUUACACAUUCUUACAGGAUUAGAUGAAUCUAUGUUUGAUAAUAAUAUAACGUACUCGAUGCUUGCUAUCGUUGCCAUGCAAAUUGGUCUUACUGAUGUACUCAAAGCCAUUGGAAUUGUUGCUGAUAACUAUAUAGAAAUUGUCAUAGGUCACAGUUUAGGUGAAGCGGGUUGUGCUUAUGCUGACGGUUGUUUGACAGUUGAAGAAGCCAUAUUAUUGUCGUAUUUUAGAGGAAUAGUUGCAAUCGGUAUGCCCCUCAUACGUGGCUCAAUGGCUGCUGUUGGUCUAGGAUAUAAAGAUAUACUUCCUCUGUGUCCACCUGAAAUUGACGUAGCUUGUCAUAAUAGUGCAAGUUCUUCAACAUUAUCUGGACCUGCUGAUAUCAUGAAUCAAUUUGUUUCUGACUUAGUCAGUCAAGGCUUUUUUGCUAAAGAAGUACCGUGUUCAAAUAUAGCUUAUCAUUCUAGAUACGUACACGAUCUUGCUCCAAAGAUGAUGGCGUAUCUAAAAAAGUUGAUACGAAAUCCAAAGUUACGUAGUCAUAAGUGGAUAUCAACAUUAUUUUUAAAACAAGAUUGGGAAAAAGACAUUGUUAAAUAUGCAUCUGCUGAAUAUUUUACAAGUGGUUUAACGAAUCCCGUGGUUUUUGAAGAGAAUGCAACUGAAAUACCACAGAAUGCAAUAGUUAUAGAAAUAGCUCCACAUGGUCUACUACAAUCAAUCAUUAGACGAUCUCAUAGUACAUGUACCCACAUUUCUUUGACGAAGCGUGAUUGUCCAAGUCCUAUUAAUUUCUUACUUGAAGCCGUUGGAAAAUUGCAUCAAGAAGGAUUAAAUCUCAAAAUGGAAGUUCUAUAUCCAAAGGUGGAAUUUCCUGUUUCGACCUGUACACCAUUACUAUCACACUUAGUGGAAUGGGAACAUAGUACUGAUUGGCCAAUACUUACAUGUAAGAGGAAAACAAUGAAAAUGGCUUGUGCCAGAGAAGUAGUUAUAUCUCUCCACGAUGACGACUACAAAUUUAUAAAAGGAUACGCAAGGAAUGGUAUUUAUGAGUUCCCCGAGAGUGCGCUAUUAGUUUUGGUUUGGCAGACUCUUGGAAUGCGUGAAGGAAAUAUGUACACGCAAAUGUCAAUAGCAUUUAAGGAUAUCAUUUUCCAUAACCGAUUAGAGGUAGAACUUGAAGAUGUCAUUAGACUCAGAAUUACUAUAGGAAAUGCUACAAACCGUUUCGAAGUGAUUAAUAGAGAUCGUCUUAUUGUAUCUGGAUUUGUCGAACCUGCAGAAAAUGACCUCAGUUGUAAACAAAAAGAUUUUAAACUUAUCCCAGAUGACAUGACUCUUAAAGGCGAUAUACUGUAUAACAUAUUAAACAUGAAAGGUUAUUCCUACAGUGAAGAAUUUCAUUGUAUCCAUUCCAUUAAUACUCAAACAAAUGUUGCUUACAUCAAAUGGAAUGGUGAGUGGGCAACGUUUAUCGAUUCUUUGUUACAAGUAUCUUCGUUUUCAAGAAAUCAUGAUGGAGUUUCCACGCCUAAAGUAAUAAAUAAUUUGAGUAUUCAAGUUGAUGAACAUAAAAAAGCUUUCACAACAGUGCUAAAUAAUACUAUGUGUUACAAAUCAGAAAUGUUAUCUACAAAUAGCAUUAGAUGUGGUGGGAUUCAAAUUGGUGGAGUUAUUUUCGAUGACAAUGUACCAGUAAAACCAAUACCUGAUGUAAUUCUCGCGAGGAAAUUUAUGCCAGAAAACUUUAAAGGAAAUAUUGAUAUAAAUACGGCAAUUUUCAUAAUUAUGCAACUGGUUGCAAAUAAUGUAGACGACAAUAUAAUAUCAGUUACUGAAAUCUUAACUUCUAAAUCUGAAAGUAUGAUAGAUAUUAUUAAAGUGAAUGCAGAAAAAAAUCCAUUUAACAGUUAUGAGGUCAAGAGUAUCAAUAUUGAUAAACAUAUUUUAGAUGAAAUAGAAAUGUCUACAACCAACCUGUUUAUUGCUUACAAUACGAAUAUUCAUACUAAUGGGAUGUUAAGGAUUUUGAUCGAUGUAAUAAAGAAAGGUGCAUUUACACUCACACUAGAAGAAAAUAUAAGAUACAUGGAAAAAGAAAUAAACUACAAUAUUAUUACACGAAUACCGAUUGACAAUAACGUAGUUUUAAUAUUGCUGAAGAAAAGAAACCUUUGGGUUGAAAAGAAUUUGGUUUAUAUUACCAUUGACCAUGAUAUUCAAUUUUCUUGGUUAAGACGCGUAUUAGAUGAGUUGCAUAAGAGGAGAAGUGUGAUUUUAGUUUCUGAGAAACAUCCUGCUUGUGGACUACUGGGUCUCAUUAAAUGUUUAAGACAAGAUAAACAAAACCAGAUUCGUUUAGUGAUAGUAGAAGAUAAUAAUACUCCAUCGUUCAAUCCUGAUAAUGCUUUCUAUAAACAACAGUUGGAAAAGAAUUUAGCAGUUAAUGUAUAUAAAAAGGUCCACUACGCAGGACCAUCGUCAAGAGACUGCUUAAAGGCUAUUGGAAAAGUACCGGAAAAAAGUUCAUUUUUUGGUAUGGACUUUAGUGGCACUAAUGGCUAUGGUGAAAGAGUUAUGGGUUUGGUGUCUGAUGGAGCAAUCAGGAGCACAAUAAAAUUGAAUCAAGCUAUAGUCUGGCCUGUUCCUACUCACUGGAGUUUGGAAGACGCUGCUACUGUACCACUACCCUACAUGUACGCCUAUUAUUGUUUGGCAGCCAUGAAAUGUGUUGCUUUCGUAGGCCUCUUCCUAGAUGUAAGUGAAUCAGACAUGCGUGAAAACAUGAACUUCGGCAUGUAUUAUUUGAGUAACGACAAGAGCUACAUGGCAGUAAAUAUUUCUGCUGUUUUUCGUUCUUCUAAUAACGACAAUGAAAGAAAGGUUCUACAAAGAUUAGUGGCUGAUGGUAUAGUGACUGGAGCGGUCCGUCCUCUUAGUCGAGUAAUAUUUUCCCCGUUGGAAAUAUCCAGAGCAUUUCAAUUAGUUUCUUCAAAAAUGGAUAGAGGAAAGGUUCUGGUGAAAAUGGAUGAGUUAGAAACGUCAUCCUUAAGAUUAAAUGUCAUUCCAAGUUCAGACUUUUCAGAAGGUACCCACAUUAUAGUGUGUGAAAAGGGUAAUUUAGGAGUUAAUAUAAUUGAUUACUUAGUGAGCAGGGGUGCAAAAAAUAUUCUUGUACAUUUGAAGUCACGUAAUGAAUACCUACUUCACAAAUUAAUAUAUUGGAAGGAAAAGGCUAUCAAUAUACAAAUGAAUUCGGCAAAUCUUCAAACAAGAGAAGGUUGUAACAAAUUAAUAAAUGCAGGAGAGAAACUUGGUUGUAUUAAAAGCAUUUUUAUUGUUCACGAUUACAAAGAAAAAGUACCUUGUGAAAACUUUGACAAUGAUUUCAAAUUAAGUUAUCUUGAGACUUUCAUGAUAACAGCAAAUUUAGAUAGUGUAUCAAGGAAUAUCUCUAGUUUAAGUUACUUUGCAGUGAUUGGUACAUGCUCAAAAAAUUUAGGCAAUGAAUAUGCUAUGUCUGCAUGUGAUAAAAUUUGUGAAGCUCGCAGGAACAUUGGUUUACCGGGUCUUAUUCUAAGAACUAUUAAUCCAAAUAAGUUGCACUUGCAACUCGAUUGGAAUUUAACAAUUGUUUCAUUACAGUUUAUACAAAACAGCAGUAACGAGCCUCUGAACACUGAGGUACUAUCUGUGUGUUACACCCUGGACGUAGGUAUGAAAAUGAAUUACGAAAAUGUAAUAAUAUGUAAUUUACAUAAAAAGGAUAAUAAUAGUUUUAAUAUUGACAAAAUUUUGGCGUUAAGUGAAAUCGACAAUGCCGAUUACAAUUUGCCGCUAGAGAAACUUAAUGUUAGCAAUUCCGAUAUUGAAAAAAUAAGAUUAGAACUCAAACCAAUCCUGUACCCCUCUGAAGACUUACUAAAUCUAACCCCUCUUAGCCUCAAUAAACUUUGGAAUAAAGUGAAAGGAAAUGAUUUAAACUGCCACAAAGGUCUUGGGGUUUUUUAUAAUUAUUUAGAUGCAAAUGAAUGUAAUGUUAUGGAUUUAUUUGUACCAAUGAAGACUCUAAUAGCAAAUUAUGAGGAUUACGGUUACAUGGAUCGUCACAAAAGCCACUUAAUAAUGAUACCAGGUUUUGACGGAUAUUCUUACACAUUAUCUUCUGUGGCAGAACGCUUAAAAAUUUCAACUGUUACCUUACAAUUAGGACCUGAUGUUAUUUUUAAAACUAUACCCGAUAUGGCUAAAUACUUAGCUGAUCAAAUCAAGUUAAAUUUUGAAAUAUCGUCGAGAUUUUAUUUAUUGGGAUACUCGUUCGGAGUCAAUAUAGCCUUAGAAGUCGCAAAAAUUUUUGAAACUGAAGGGCGGACUGGAGUCAUUUAUUGUCUAGAUAGUAGCCCUGAUGCCUUAAAAUCACAAAUAGUUGCAUAUUUAGGCAACGUAUCCGAUGAACAAUUACAAAACAUAAUUUUAGAACACAUGUACUACCUAAUGACUGGGCAGAAAAGUAUUAAACUAAAAGAAGAUUUACAAACUCAUUUUAAUGAAAAUUGGUCUGUCAAAGUGGACAUUUGUAUGCGUCAUCUUCGAGGAAUGGUUGAAUAUUCCUUUGACUUUCAAAAAUUUGUAUUAGAAUCGGCAUACAACCGAAUUAAGUUGGCGAAAACUUAUGAGUGUAACUUCAAGCUGCAAUCAGAGCUAAUACUUAUAAGAGGAAUACAUCAUCCUAAAGCUGAGGAACUCGGUGAAGAUUACAAUUUGUCUAAAUACACUGAAAGUUCUGUUAGAGUAUUUCCCAUAGAAUCGGACCACGCAUCGGCUCCAUAUAACAACAGGAUAUCAAAUAUUAUAAAUAAAAUAUUAGAUCCCUCUGUGCUAGAGGACUUUAAACAAGAAAACCUCUGUGAAUUUUACUGUACGGAAUAA